UUAUUCAUACUGUACACGAUUGGAUACAGCCAAGCAAACCAGGCAUGCCCAGCCUCCAACAUAAUUGCCUCAUCCUCAUGCCCUCCGACUUGGAAACAGUCCGGGGGCAACUGCUACAAAACUACCAAGCCCUUAACGUGGUUUCAAGCCAAAGAGGAGUGUGCACAAAUGGGAGGCUUCAUGACUGCACCGCAUUCUAAGAGCGAUCUACAGUUUCUGCAGACUUUUGAAUGGUACUUCUGGAUCAACUGUAAUGAUCUCCAAAAAGAAGGCGAGUGGGAAUGUAAGGAUGGAACGACUGUCGUUAACUACCUGGAGUGGGGAGAGGGUCAGCCAUCAAAUUACCGUGGCAGUGAACACUGCGCAGAGGCUCGACCUAGUACUCAAGGAUGGAAUGACAUAUCCUGCUAUGUUUCAAAACCUGCAAUUUGUAAGUCUGAAAUGCCAACAUUGCACUUGUAAAAAGACGAGCAAAGCUACUCGAUGAUCGGGCUUGGAUUGGUCUGUUUAUAGCUGAAUUGAGGAGUUGACUAAAAACUGAGCUGCAUGUAAGAUUAAUGGUAGAGAGUUCUAGAUGCGUGGCCAGGGCACAGCUGAAAAGAAAGACCUGUUUUGUCACUCAUGGGUGUCGAAACUCAAUGGCAAUUUUUACAUUUUCACUGCUUCAUUUAAAUUUUCUUCAUUGUAUGAUUUUUCAUCUGCCCUUGGCAAGCUUAACACUCGAGUUGUUCUUCUGCGAAUGGGAGUCUUUUUGAAAGCUCUGCCACAAGAGGGCAGCAGACCUACCAG